CACCUGACGUCACCGCGAGGCCGCGCGGCGAUUGGCGGUCGGUGUUGCGCACGGCACGGCGCCGGUUCGCUCUGCGCUGCGCAGGCGCAGCGGCUGCCGGCGGUGCCGGGUCCGCGGGUGCCGCAGCGGCGGGGGAGUCGAGAGUAGAGCGGGGCGGCGGCGGCUCCCCUGCCCCUGCCCGCCGCCAUGAAGAUCUGGACCUCGGAGCACGUUUUCGACCACCCCUGGGAAACGGUGAUGACAGCUGCUAUGCAGAAAUACCCAAACCCCAUGAACCCCAGCGUGGUGGGAGUCGAUGUCCUGGCCAGACACGUGGACCCCGGUGGGAAGCUGCACAGCCACAGGCUGCUCAGCACUGAGUGGGGAAUACCCUCCAUCGUCAAAUCCAUCAUCGGCACAUGCAGAACAAAGACGUAUGUUCAGGAGCACUCUGUUGUUGACCCAGUGGAAAAAACGAUGGAGCUUAGAUCCAGUAAUAUUUCAUUUACAAACCUGGUGUCAGUAGAUGAGAGGCUUGUCUAUAAACCACACCCUCACGAACCAGACAAAACCAUUUUGACACAAGAAGCAAUAAUAUCUGUAAAAGGUGUCAGUCUCAGCAGUUACCUAGAAGGGCUAAUGGCAAACACAAUUUCUUCCAAUGCUAAUAAAGGCCGUGAAGCAUUGGAAUGGGUAAUUAAUAGACUGAAUGCUGAAAUUGAAGAGUUCACAGCUUCAGCAAGAGGAACCAUGAGGAAUUCAAUGGCAGCAGCAGCAUUUGUAGAGAAGUAAUAGUAAAUAAACCUGUGCUACUAAUGAGGUUUAACAACCUGAAGCUUCACUCCAAACCUAAAUACGUGUGUCCUUUAUUAUUUAAAGGCAUACCUGUAUAUUUGGCAUGUUUGAAAUUUAAUUUGGAGAAAAGCUGAAUUCUUACUAAUGAGGCUGAUGCACACAGCCUAGUUAAUCUGUUGGUUCAGCUGGAUAGAAUUUUGGUUACAGGUGAAGAAAUAAUUUUCAUAUAUAGUUUCUGUAUUUACAUGAACACUAACUUAUGUUUUCGGAUAUGAAAUAGCCUCAUUUAGCAAAGAGGCUGCAUAUGGUGCAGGAGACUGUCACAUUAGGUUAACUUGUAUGGAAUUUUUAUUCUUGUGUGACUUCUGGACUACCUCUUUUGGGACCAAGCCCAAAAUUAAACAAAAUGGUUUGUUCCAGCAUUGGUUUUGUUUGUUAAUUCUUGAUAGUUAAGUGAUACAACUUGGUUUAAUAGAAAGUUUCUUACUUGACGCUUGAAAUACAGAAGAAUGUACAAAGUAUUUUUUUACAAGCUUUUUAAAUUGUUUAACUGGUUGAGCUAACAUGGUACUUAAAUUGUUUUUCAGUCAAUAUAGGUAAAACAUACAAAGUGUCUCUUAUCUACUAAGACCUAAAUUCUGUUCCUAAAUGCAACUUUAAUGAACUGGGCGUACAGUAACUUAAAAUAAAUUUUUAUCUCAAGCUUCUGUAAGAAGUGUCUCCAUUUCUAAAAGCCUGUUAAAGGGUACAGUAAGCACAGAGCCUUAAAAUCUUGCACGCUGCUAGGGCAUCUAAGAAUAGCAGGUGUUAAUGCCAAAAUUUCAAAGAACCACUUAAAGGACUAAGAAAAUCUUUGUGAAGUUGGCCAAAGAAAUACAUAAAUAUAAGAGGAAGUAAUAUUAAAGAAUGUUACUGAUAUACUCAUUAACUUGAUCAUGCUCCAGAAAUAACCUGUUACGUCAAAUGAAUAUUGUGUUGUCCUUUAAUUUAAAUGUUUUAAGUUCCAGAAGUUCCUUUACCUUUUGAACUAAUUUGCUCACAAUACAAGGCACUUUAAAUGAAGACAUUGAGAACAAAAAGUUUUCUACGGUUUGUGUUUCUUUCUUGGUACUCGCUGUAGAUUCUUGGUACUGUCACCGGUCAUUAGCUGUGGGAACUUAAAUGUCAGCGCUUGACGUCCUUAUGCACUGUGCCAGUCUACAGCAGUCCUGGUGACUUCAGCAGGGGCUGUUGGUCCCAUGAGGCUCCUUCAGUGCAAAGGAAAAAUGGAAAGACACAGCCCUGAAUUAGCUGAUGCUCGUAUUUUGGUGCCAGAGGCUUUUCCUGGAAUUUUGAUCCUAAGCUUACUAGUAAUUUCAAGGCUCUCCCUCAGCCUGUAAUAUCUGUAAUGUCACCUGUCCCAGCAUAUGUUAUGUUGCAUGCCAUUUGUUAUUUCAGAAUUUCCUAUUGAAAAGUGUCUGCUGUAUGGAGAACCGGAGCUUAUUUUAAGUGUUAAACACAUGGGAACACAUUCUUCAAUAAGAUUUGUGUAGGGGGCAAAAAAACAGGCAUUUAUAUAUACAUAUAUAAAAUCAAAAAAUUUAAUUAUUCUAAAUAUUUUUCUAAAAUUGAGACUACCUUACUAAAUUGAAACCAUUGAGGUUUGCCAUGCUUUCAUAGAUUAUUAGAAUUGAAAUAACAUUUCCGUUUUAAAAGUGUGAAACUUCUGCAAAACUACCAUCAUUUCUGAUAAAAAUGCAAUGCUUGAAACUCAUUUUAAAUUAUUUAAAUGAUUGUUUAGCCAUUAGCAUCACUUGGUAUUUUAAAGUCAAUUUUUUCUGCACUAAGGACUGCAAAGUAUGAACUCACCGUUUGCCCUUGCACUGCAAAAAAAACUAUUUAAUUUUUGCAAGCAUUCAACAACUUCCUAAAAGAUCAUUAUUUUUUUCUAUUUUAUUUAUACGCCUGCAUUCUCACGCUGACAGUAUGGCUUCCUGUAUGUGUUGCUUGUUAAAUAAAAUUUUAUUGGAGUUCUGGCUAGUUCUUGAAA